AUUAGAAUUAACAGAAUCUAUUGGAAAAUGUCUGAUUUUGAUGAAAAUGAUUUCGAUAGUUUAAGAGAUAUUCAUGAUAUUCACGAUGAAAUUGAGAAAUACAAAAGGAACCCUGAAACUUCUGGAAUGUUUGUUUCUGGCUGGGAUGAUGCCGAUCAAGACGUUGAUUUGGUCAAGGAUCCGAAAGCCAAUCCAGUAGACCAUGUAUUAUGGGCCGCCGAAAAUGGUGAACAUGACACUCUGACAGACAUAUUAACAUCUCAACCAGGACUAGUGUUUGUGCAAGAUUCUGAUGGUUAUUCCCCCCUUCAUCGGGCUGCUUAUGGUAACCAUUUAGCUUGCAUAUGUUACUUACUCAGUGCAGGAGCUAGAGUGACUUCUACAACUGAACAUGGAUGGACUCCUUUACAUUCUGCAUGUAAUUGGAAUAAUUAUAAAGCUGCUGCAAGGCUACUGGCUGCUGGGGCAGAUCCUACUGCUCUGUCUGAAGGAGGCCAGACACCACUGCACUUAGCAGCAGCGAUUAGUCAUUGCAAAUCAACAUUACUAAUUUUGAUGCUUCGUGAUGAUAUAGUUGAUGUAGCUAAGACACGAAAUAAGUCUAAUGAAAGACCAGAACAGUUGGCGUUAGGUCAUGGAAUAUAUGCACCAUUAUUUGAAAUGGCAUUACCAGCAGCAUCAUACAUCCGGUCCCCAGCUUUUACAUAUAAUCCUUAUGUUAGAGAACAAAUAAAAUAAAAAAAUUUGUUAAACAAA